AACUUCAGCUCGCAUCAACAUGACAGCUGCGAAAUUGAUAUUUGUUACUGCUUUGGUGGUUGUUAUGGCAGCCAGCUGCUCGGCUGGUUUCCUUGACUAUAUUUUCCCCACCAUCAUGACGGAAUAUUACAACCAGGUGCCCACUAAGGAGGGUUACCGCUUUGACUUGAAGGAUCCUAAUGGCAGUUCCCGCGAGGAAAUUGGUGUUAUUAUGAAUCCGGGCACACCCGAGGAGCAGCUCGUUGUGAUGGGUACCUACACCAGCUACGAUGAGAAAACUGAUACGGACACUAUUACCAUGUAUACUGCCGAUAAGGAUGGUUACAAGACUCGCUAUCAGAUCAAGAAUCGCAAAUUGAGCCCCGGCGCACUGAAAUCUGCCGCAGGCUAAGAAAUGUUUAGAAUAUUUAG